UGCUGACUGGUCGCAGAGGACGUUGCGCAGCUGCCUUGGAAAUGUCAGCCCGGUCGGAGCGGGAUUCUUGGAGCCACAAGUACCGGAGACAGCUUUCCACUGACGUCCAGCAGUACCGGCAUAUGACGGAGAUACUACAGCGGUCGAGCGGAAUGGCAGUGCAUGGUUUGUCUGGAGAUGCUGUGAGUCUGAAGGGAACUCUGUCAGCGUAUGAGGAAAACCUCCCAAUAGCUCUUCCUGUACUGCUGGAUGUGGUCAGGGGUCCAGACCAUCUUCCUGCAGAUGAAAAGUCACAGGAAAUGCUGAGAGGGAAACUGUGCAUGCUGGAGGCUGACAGCUCCGAGGUCAAUACCCUAUUUAAGGAGCUGUCCGCCCAUCUCAUCUCCAUCAACAGUGAAAGAAAAGCCAUUUAUGUGAUGUUUGCAACGUUUGAAGACAUAUGGAAGUUCACCACAUAUUACAAAAUAGGUUUCCUGCGCCAUUGUAUGGAGAACCUACUGCUAGACCAGACGUUCUGGCUCAGUUCUUCGAAGGAUGACUUUGCUAUUGAGGUGACCAUUCAGGAGGAAACACUUAACCUUUUCUACAGAGGCAUCCUCCUACAAGAAGGUUCAUUGUUUGCCAGUUGCAGUGCCAGCCAGAUGUUUGACAGUUCAACCUCUGGAGGAGACCUGUACUUGGAGCAGGGAGACAUAGCCCAGUUCGAGCCUCCCUUCCUAGGCUCAGGGUGGACUGUUCUCUGUCUGGCUGAUGGAGCACGGGGCACUGCACCUAGACCUGCUCUGGAGCCAGUCAUCCCUUUCCAUCAGUGGUUUCUCAAAUCGUGUGCAGAAAGCAUUUUAAUAGGUGAUGGGAAAUCUACCUGUGACUUCCCUCUGCACUUUGCCAGAGGAACCUGUCUAGCUAAAAAGGAGUAUGAUGCUGAGGGCCCCGACGAGCUGAGCGUGUCACCUGGUGAUCCCAUCACGAUUGUGGGAUUUUUGGUGCCUUGUUUUGAUUGGUUCACAGGGAAGAAGGAAGCAACAGGAGAAAUAGGUCUGGUCAGGACAAGCUUGGUAAAACCGUCCACUGACGCUUACGACUCUGCAGAGAUUUUUUUAGAUGAAGAGGAUUGGAUUUUCUCGAGUCUGCAAGAGGAAAAAGUCAUCGAAGAAUCAAUUGCCAUAUUGAAGAAAAAAUCUCAUAAUGAUAUUGGGCAUAAUUACAAACUAGAUAUGGUCACUUAUCAGGAGUCUGAGAACAAAACAUCACCCAGCUCUUCAAGAAAAGCUGAGUCUGAACAGAAAGAGUUCAAGACAAACAUUCACAGGUUUCUUGAUCAAGACAAACAGUCGACCCCUCAUUACACCGUAACCAAGAGGGAGACCCUAGAGGAAUCGGGCCAGGCUGCAGAGGCAAAAAGCCCCAAACUUCCCUCUUUCGUGGUCCAACCAGUUGACGGGAACAAAAACACAUUGAUUCCACUCUUAUCUUUUUUGGACGGCCGAGACUACAAAGUCGAGUUUGGCAUUCUGUAUGCACUGAGUUCUGAAAAACUGGCCUCCUCCACUUUCACUGGUCACUGUGAUGAGGAUGAACUGAUUUCCUUUCUGGGUGUUGCCAGGGAGACCGCCAGGAAGAAACACCUUUUCUGGUCACAAACUCGUUUAUGCUUCCUGUUGGGGAAGCUCUGCGUAGGUAGGUCAAAGUUCAAUCAAGCCCAGGUUUAUUUUGAGGAAACUCUCAGUGUCCCAAGAGAAGGCUUCACAGACCUCAGGCUGUUGGCCAGCAUCUUCUCCAACCUUGCUGCAAUAUAUCUUUUGCAGAAAAAUACAGAAAGUUUCUUUGCUGUGACAGAACGACUUGUUGCCUUACUAAUAGGAAUCCCAGAUUGUCUGAAAAGCUUAGAGGACAACUCUUCUCUUAAAUACAUGCUCAAGAAAGCUAUCCUCUCUCACAACAAAGUGGCAGAAGCCCGGGCUUGUCUGCUAUUGGCAAAGCACCACUGGACUUCUGCUACGGGAGCUCAGGUUGUUCCUUAUCUGGAAAGGCUACUCAUUCUUUGGGAUGAAGCUCAAAGACCAUGGAGGAUCUCUCCCAGUCAUGGAUAUCUGGCACUGGGAAAGCUUUACAGUGAACUUCACCGUCCCCACCUCAGUGCCAGUUCAGUCAGGAGAGCUUCUCUGCUGCCCUCUGCCACGCUCUCUGACUGUCUUGGCAGUAUGGUAUUACUUUUGGACAGUGUCGCUGAACAACAAACCCCCGUUCCACCUCAGAUGGCUCCAUAUUUGCGCAAAGCUCUCACUUUUCCAAAGCUCCAAAGCAGAGAGAGAAACCAUUACCAAAUUUUGAGCCACCAGCUCACUGUUUGUCUUUGCCAACUCUAUUGCAAACACAAGAUGACGGGACAUGCGAUUUGCCAUAUGCAGGCUCUCAUCAACAACAGUCCUUCGAGGCAAGUUUGCGUCUCUGUUUCAGAAAGAAAAGGUUUUCUCAUCUGGCUGGCGUGGCUUCACAUCGACAACAGUCAGCCUGCAGUUGCUUUGGACAUACUGGAAUCAAUCCUGGCUUCGAUUCCCGAACACUGCACAACUCCUCAGGAAGGUGAGGGUGUUUCUAUAAAAAUCUGUAUGGACCGUCUCUUCCUGAGCUUUCAUUUCUAA